GACUUCUCGCACAUUUAAUUAGAUCUCAUCCUCACUCUUCUGCAUCAUAUAUACAACUGUGUCAAACACUCCGUCUGUGAGAGGACCCGGGUUGAUCAUCUGUAACAUGAAGAAAGCGUUUCCGACGGUUCCUCUGAGCCCGCAGGUAAGUGACCUCUCCGACAGCAGCGAUCAGGCUCAAGAGCAGAGCAUCGUCGUUCCGCCCAAGCUCAUCACGAUUGCUGAUAGCUUGCAGGACAAUGAACUUUCAUGGUUUGCUAAUUCUCAAAUUCAGCCAGAUAUAUCUAUUCAGGUUGAAGACGUGAACUUCCGCAUUCAUAAGUAUCCAUUGGUAUCAAAGUGUGGAUACAUACGCCGCUUGGAAUUUCAGCCCUCAAUCUCAAAUUAUGAGUAUGAUUUCAAGCUUGAAAACUUUCCCGGAGGAUCGGAAACGUUUCAGAUCAUUCUGAGGUUCUGCUAUGGUUUGCCAGUGGAUUUAACUCCUGAAAAUGUCGCAUCCCUUAGAUGCGCAUCAGAAUACCUGGAAAUGACGGAAGAAAUAGAGGAUGGGAAUCUCGUCGUGAAAACUGAGACAUUCAUCACGUUUGUGGUCCUCUCUUCGUGGAGGGACACAAUCACAGUCCUCAAGUCAUGCGAAACUCUAUCCCCAUGGACAGAAAAUCUCCAAAUUGUCAGACGAUGCUGUGACGCGAUUGCUUGGAAAGCUUCUACAGGCCGCCAACCCCAGGAAGACGGUUCAACUGGUGAUGAAGAUUACUUGAAGCUUGACGAGUUGGCAUCCCUUCGAAUAGAUCACUUCAUGAGGAUUAUAACUGCAAUUAGGGCCCAAGGAAGCAAACCAGAAAUUAUAGGGAAAUGCAUAAUCCACUAUGCAGAGAGAUGCCUGCCUGGAAUUGAUGUGGAAUUGGAAGGUCUACGAGGUCAUGGUUACGGCAAGAAUGAAAUAACGUUCAGAGUAUUCUUUCAAAGCAGUGAAAGAUCAGGAUUCAUUAAUAACGGGAAGGAGCAAAAGGCGAUUAUCGAAAGCUUAAUAAGCAUAUUGCCUCCUCAGCUGGAGGCAAUUCCAUGUAAGUUCUUGUUGAAGAUGCUAAGAAUGGCUAUUCUCUAUUCUGUGACGCCCGCUUUGGUUUCAGAGCUCGAAAAGAGGAUCGCAUUGGUGUUGGAAGAGGCUAACGUGAAUGAUCUUCUGAUCCCAAGCUACCGAAAUCAAGUGGAUCAAGCAAAACUGAUGAAUUCACCAGAACGAUGCACUAUGCAUGAUGUCGACACGGUUCAGAGGAUCAUUGAGUAUUUCUUAAUGCACGAACAGCAACAGUAUGCACAACAGAAGUCCGGAAAACAUAAUGUGAGCAAGCUGCUAGAUAAUUACCUUGCUGCAAUCGCCAGAGAUCCUAACCUCUCGACAACCAAGUUCCAGGUUCUGGCAGAAUCUUUGCCGGAAGGUGCCCGAACAUGCCAUGAUGGACUGUACAGAGCCAUCGAUACAUACAUUAAGACUCAUCCUUUAUUACCAGAGCAUGAUCGAAGACGGCUUUGCAAAAUUAUGAACUGUGAGAAACUCUCGCUUGACGCCUGCAUGCACGCGGCACAAAAUGACCGGUUACCCUUAAGAACUGUCAUCCAGGUGCUGUUUUCGGAGCAAAUAAAGAUGAGGACGGCCAUGAGAGCGAAGGAGCCAACCACACAACAGAGUGGGAACAACUCUCCUAACAACAACCAGUCAGCCACGGAUGCAGAGAUCAAAUCGCUGAGGGCGGAGCUCGAGAACGUGAAGGCGAAGAUGGCUGAGCUUCAGAGCGACUACGCGGAGCUCCAGCAGGAAUAUGAGAAGCUGAGUGGCAGCAAGCAGCAGCGGAGCCGGAGAAUGUCGGGGUGGGCAUCUAGCUGGAGGAAGGUCAAGAACUCAUUCCAUUCCAAAAGGGAAGGAGACGUCAAUAAUGGAGAUCAAGGGGAUUAUGGGCAUCAGCGGCAGAGCCCUCGUGGGCAGGUCAGGCGCAGGUCGAGCUUUCGGAGAAGGGUGUCCAUCUCCUAGCUAAGGUAAUAUGUCCUGUUCCCGUUCCCGUGAGAAAUAUGAGCAGAUUCGGCAUGCAGAUGGAGCGGAAGGUCACGCGACUAAGGUUGUCACAGAAUGUAGUUAAAAAUGUUCACUUAUGGGCUCAGCCCGCGUCACGGGUGCACGAUAAAAGAGUUUAAUAAUUAAACUCGUGUGGACAAGAUUUCAAUGAUACAUGUUUCAUAUAUUGUAUUGUGGAUUGGAUGCAAUAUAAUUAUUUGAAGCUUGUUGAAA